AUGUAUGCCGAGUUGGCGGUCGUUUCUUCUAUCUUCAGCCAGCUGACAACCGGCAAGAUUCCUGUCUACGAGUAUCAAUUCGGAGAAGGCUUAAAGGAACAUGUUAUGCGCCGCCGACAUGACGAUUGGAUUAAUGCGACGCACAUUCUCAAAGCCGCCGGUUUCGAUAAGCCUGCCCGAACUCGAAUUCUAGAGCGCGAGGUCCAGAAGGAGAACCACGAGAAGGUUCAAGGUGGAUAUGGCAAAUACCAAGGCACGUGGGUUUCCCUGGAGCAAGGAGAAGCUCUGGCUCAACGAAACAAUGUCUACGAAAAGCUUCGCCCGAUCUUCGAAUUCAUACCCGGCAACAUCAGCCCUCCACCUGCUCCGAAACAUACCACCAACAAGCCAAAAGUGCCUAAGAAACCUGCGGUUCCAAAAUGGGGAAGCAUGGCACCUCCAGCACGUGUGAUCGAAGAUGAAUAUGACAACAUCAGUGCACAGCUGAAUGAUGACGAAAGCCUUGCUGACGAUGUUACAGUCGCUUCGGCUUCUUUUAUGGCUGAGGAUGAUCGUUAUGACAUGUCUCGUGCAUCUACGGGUCACCGAAAGCGCAAGCGCGAAGAGAAUGCACAAAAUGCAAUCGAUGCUGCCCACGUCAUGUAUUCCGACGAACUCCUGGAUUACUUUAUGGUUUCCAGUGAUUCUGACCAUGUCCCUAAACCAGAACCGCCGCUGAAUUUCCAACCUGACUGGAUUAUCGACCAGGAUCGACACUCGGCUAUACACUGGGCUGCUGCGAUGGGCGAUGUUGAAAUCAUGAGGGAGCUGAGAAAGUUUGGUGCAAACCUGGCGGCUCAAAACGUUAGAGGCGAAACUCCACUUAUGCGUGCGGUACUCUUCACCAACUGCAAAGACAAGGGGACCAUGCCAAUAGUUGUGAAGGAAUUGAUGAGUACAGUGUCAUGUAUUGACUUUUGCCAAGCUACGGUCCUCCAUCAUACUGCUGCGGUGACUGUCAGUUCAGGAAAACACAAAUGUGCUCGUUACUACCUUGAUAUUCUCCUUAACAAGAUGCAAGAAGAGCUGGACCCUGAACACUUUCAGCGGGUCCUUGAUGCUCAGGAUGUAGAUGGCAAUACUGCUAUCCAUAUUGCUGCUAAGAAUGGCGCACGAAAAUGUGUUAGAGCUCUGAUGGGACGUUCUCCUACGAUGGAGAUUCAAAACAAGGAUGGAGUCACUGCAGAAAUUUUGAUCCAGGAGCUAAACGAGAAUACUCUCAGGGAACUGCGAGAAAAUCGCCAUGCUCAUGCAGGUUCCUCCUCCCCCUUUUUGCCCCCAAAUUUUCGAGACAACGGAGAUCAAAUCGACAAUCGUUGGAUGGAGUCAUACGAAACUCCUCCACCUUCAAAGCGUCAAACUCCAACUCAUCAUUCAGAAGCGGCGAUGUCGGUUCAACAAAAGGUGGCACCUCAAAUGCUGCAGAAGUUUCAAGAGCUCGCAAACUCCUUUGAUGAAGAAUUGAUUGAGAAAAAUAACUCAGAGAAAGAAGCUAGGCGAAUAGUCAACAGCACUGAAGUAGAGCUCAGCAUGCUUCGUGAACAAGUCCUCGAUCUAGGGUUUCAUGAAGAGGACGCGGAGACACAGGCCAAGAAAAUAAAAGAGCUGGCACAUCUUACGCAAUUGACUACGUCUUUGAUCGAACAGCAGCAACAAAUGCAGCUGUUAAGCAGCGCAAAUCGCGAGGAAAGCAAGAGUAAUGGCAACAUCACCGGAGACGAUGACAUUAUGGAGAGAGCUACCUUGGCUAAGAUGUUGAACGAGGAGCAGACCAAGCGUCGGGUUCUGGUUCUUCGAUACCUGGAAGCUUUGAGCAAGGCCGGUGGUCUUGGUGAGAAGGGCGACUUGUACAAGAGGCUUCUUGCUUUGUGCGCUCCGACCAACGAGGAGAUGACGCUCGAGAAUAUGGAUAUUCUGAUAGAGCAAAUGUCGGAGGAACAAAAAGGGUUGGACCGAGAGAUUUUCCACGCGGAUGAAGUUUGA